UGCCUCAACUGCGGGACGACCAACACGCCGCUGUGGCGCCGCGACGGCGAGGGUCGGCCUCUGUGCAACGCCUGCGGCCUGUUCCGCAACCUGCACGGCGUCGACCGACCGGCCAACCUCAACACGGGCGUCAUCAAGAAGCGCAACCGC